AUGGCUCCAGGCUCCGUACCGGCAGGUUCAGGACGUGCAGGCAGCUCUAGUAGCUCCGAGAUCUUGGAGCAAGUGGCUCUGGCUCUGGCUACGGCGGCCGGGUUGGCCUCUGGCCUUGUCUUGUCUUGGGCCUUGGGGCCUGUGGUGGGGGGUGGGCCCUCUCUGUUCUGUUCCGUUCCGUUUUGCGAGCGAGCAAAUGAGUCUGGUCAAGUACAGGCAGAGUACAACGUUGGAGAGUGGAAGUCAGCCGAGGAUGAAUCUCAGGGCUAUGGAAUAGGACGACCCGAGGCCAAGGUACAGGAUACCUAG